UAUUUUUGUAAUUGCUUAGGGUUUAUGGAGGAUGGAUUUACUAAAACCCUAGUAAGCGGGGAACUGUCUCCGACUCUCUGGUCUCUGUCACUGCUGUAGUAGAAAGAUCAUGAAAUAAUAGAGCCAUGGCAAUCUUUUUCAGACACGCAUUCUCCUUCAGGAACAUCCUUCUCGUUCGGAGCUCUCUCCUCUCCCGCAACCUCUCUCACGCUGUCUUCUCUUCCAGCCUCUGCAACUCCGGUGCUAGAAGAACGCUUCCCGAGCUACCCGCCGUUGAUUUCCUCAGAGAAAGUCGCAGGGGUUUCUCUAAAGGAAAAAAAUCAAGGGAUGACAAUGAUGAUGCCAAAAAAGUUGAACUUCCACCAGAUUUUGUUUCUACCAUUAAGACCACUGCUUCAUCACAGAUGGAUGCAGCAGUGGUUGCGUUGUCACGAGAUCUAAGCAAACUACGUACAGGAAGGGCAUCUACAGGAAUGCUUGAUCACAUCAUAGUAGAAACUGGUGGAGUGAAGAUGCCUUUGAAUCGGUUAGCUGUCGUUUCAGUCAUGGAUUCAAAAACUCUAUCAGUAACUCCUUACGAUUCAAAUGGUUUAAAAGCAUUGGAGAACGCAAUUGUUUCAUCUCCUUUAGGAUUAAACCCCAGGGACGAUGGCCAACGAUUGAUUGCUGUUAUUCCACCAUUAACAAAGGAACACAUGCAGGCUAUGUGUAAGGUAGUUUCCAAAUCUUGUGAAGAUGUUAAACAAAGUAUUAGAAGGGCUCGCCAAAAGGCACUGGAUACAAUAAAGAAAGCUGGUUCAAGUCUCCCAAAGGAUACUGUAAAAAAAUUGGAGAAGGAAGUUGACGAGCUAACCAAGAAGUUCGUCAAGUCAGCAGAGGAUAUGUGCAAGGCAAAGGAGAAAGAGAUCAAUGAAGGCUAAUUGAUGGUUCCUGUGUAUUUACUGAUUUUUUUCUCGUCAUGGACCCAUUUCUUUAAAAAAAAAAAAAUCUCAAAAGUGCAAUUAGCCAGCAAUUUUCUAGAUUAUAUUCUUUUUGAGAAAAUUUUAACAGUUUUGUUGAUUAGCACCGUGAAAAAGUGAGUGAAAGCUGUGUGUGGGAAAGUGAUGAAGAGCUGUCAUCAGCAAAAACUAUAUAUUUAUAUUUUCAAGUUGAUGAUUAGUCAAUACAAUAUGAUGUGCAGAUAUCAAUAUUAAUAAGAUAUUUUCUUAAUUUAUUUUCCA